AGAUUUGCCGAGUAAUCAAAAUAAAGUAUACGUUACAGUUUACUACAUCUUUACUACAACUUCGUACACAAUUCACAGAGCAAUAAAGUAUAACUGUAAGUUACUACAGCUUUACUACAGCUUCGUACACAAUGGAGCCUCGCUUCUGGAGACGGGCUGAUGGCAGCCUGAAUCUUUCGGACACACUGGAAGCAGCAAAGGUGAAGGAAGCCAACAAAGGAAAGCCGUACACAAGACCAGAGACGGAGGCUGUGCUGGACAAGGCCAAGAAAAGCUUAAGUCAGCACCAUGGAGAUCCAGCUAACAGAAAGCACCUGCUGGGUUUCUUUGAAAUCCAGUUUGGUAUCUUUCGUGGGCAAACAUUCAGGUGGGUUGCAGAAAAUGCACUAGGGUAUGCUGCUUACCUGAUUGCAUCUAUGAAGAGGGACCCCACAGGAGGCAGCAAAGACUCUCAAGAACAUGCCCACAACAAGGGGAGUUUCAGGGAGUAUAUUGAGCUCUUUCCUUCUGGCAAAAUUGCCAUUGCUAUGAAGGAAGAGCAAAAUGAUGCAAAAGCUUCCAAGCACGAUGCCCCUACUCAGCAAGCUGCACCCACCCAGCACGCUGCACCCACCCAGCAUGCUGCACCCACCCAGCACGCUGCACCUACCCAGCAUGCUGCACCCACCCAGCACGCUGCCACCACCCAUGCUUCCACUGCCUCUCUACGCUCCCUCUUGGUUGGGAAGUUGCCUGACCAAAGAACCCUGACCAAGACCAUAAAAAGGAUGGUUUCCCCCAUCAAAACCACACCUUCUUUGGCCCAGGCACGUGCACGACCCUCUGCCACCCUCACCCAUCCAACUGUGUCCAUUGAGGGAGCCACAGGGCCCACAGCCACCCUCACCGACCCGACUGUGUCCAUUGAAGCCACCGCAGGGCCCUCAGCCACCCUAACCCACCCCUCUGUGUCCACUGAGAUAGAUGACAGCACACUGCUGGCAGAGGCAACUAUGUUUGAGGAGGCACAUGUGGCAUCAAAACGAGUCUGUCUUCCAGCUGGAUGGAUACACACCCUGCCUAAAGUAGACCAAAGGUGGAUAUCCAAGGCCCUGUUCAGGUGGGCUGCACCAGGCUGUCCUGAGCUGAUCUAUAACAGGGUGGACAAACUUUGGUGGUAUCCUCCACCGGUACCAUUGAAGACCAGUAGUGCUCCUUCCUCAGAGAAUUACUUUGGCCAUCCUCUGCUGCUCUGGAUGCCACGAAAGCUGUGGCAAUUGAAGCUGACCUGUCCACAUCCAGACUGUCAGAAAGACCUUCUGACCUCAGCUGGCCUGCAUCAAAAGAUCAGGGUCGUGAUUGCUUUGAAUAGUGUGUACUUUGUGGCAUCUGAGUACCUGGCCUGCCGAAGAUGUAAGAGAAAGGUCAUCAGCUGGAGCCAUGAUAUCGUCUCCCAACUCGACAUUGGCCACAGAGUGCAGUUCCCCUGCAUUCUAACCUCAAAACUUGCAUGUGACUUUCAGGUAGUAUGUUUGAUGCGUCAACGAGGCCUGGGAAACAGCAGCAGCCAGAUCCAGCGCAAGCUGCAGGAGCGUCAUGCUGAGGUCUGGUUGCAAAAAACAGUCCAAUAUCUUACAGAUUGCAAGGGGAUUGCCAGUGCUGUCACAUCAAGCCUGAUACUGCCUGUGACAUUUGAACCGCUUCCUCCAAUGCCUUCUGUCCCUAAGCACCGGUGGCUGAUGCAGGUCUAUGCCCAGGAUGUCCUGCAACGGCUGGAUGAGAUCAAGGCCGCUAUAACAUCACAAUAUGGUCGGAUCUUAAAAAUGGAUUCCACAAAAAAAGUAGCCAGAAAACUAGCAGGACCCAGCUAUGGCACCGCUGCCUGGGCAACCAAUGUUGGAAAUGAGCAUGGACAGGUGAUCAUGUCCAUGCUCACAGCAAGUGAGGGUUUUGGUCUUGGGCCAAUGAUUGAAGGCCUCAUUAGGAGAUACAGAGUGGCUGGGGUAGCUCCUCCCGAGGUACUGUAUGUGGACCGAGACUGCUGUGGCAACACUCUUCUGAGGAGGAUGUUUGAAGAGUGGGAGCAAAUGACCAUCCAGUUGGAUAUAUGGCACUUUAUGCGGAGAUUUUCUGUGGGUUGGGUCACCAGCAUAACAGCACCAAAACACAACAUAUGCUGUGGCUUGCUGGUAUGACCAGCAUGGGAUGCUGGUGCUAAUGCUGGUUUGGUGAUGGUCCUGGUUUGAGGCUGUUUAGCUGGUGUCACUAGCAAACCAGCACCAAAACACAACAUAUGCUGGUCUUGCUGGUAUGCUGUUUUUUUUCAGAAGGGCACAUUUUUCAGAUUCACGAAUUUACACACCCUUUGAUGUGUAAGUGUUAAAGACAUGUGAACGAUGUGCAAAUGUACAAAACCCUACACUGUAAAAAAUUUGCUGUAAUUAUGCAGCUGGUUGCCAGUAACUUACUGUAGAAGUUAAAGACUGAAAAUGUUUCAUGUUCAUUUAACUUUGAACAAACUGUUGCCAGUAAAUAACAUAAAUGUAAUCUCUACAGUAAGUUACUGGCAGCUAGUUGGCAGUAACACCCAGUAAUACUGUAAUUUCUACAGAAUUUUUUUACAGUGUAAGUAAACAAUGACGCCAGUUAUCUUCUUCAACUUAAAUCUCUUUUCUUGGACUACAACAAACACACAACAGUUUACUUCUAUGGAUUGCACACAACUUUUCUUAAAUUAGCACACAAAAAAUAGCAUGCAUCACCUCUUUGAUAUAAGCAAUCAACUACUGUAUGACCUGUGUCCUGUAUGAAACUAUGACCAACUAUUAAGACUAUAAAUCUGUUUCAGGUUAACUGGUUGGGGCUUAUUGGCGGGACAGAUGUACGAGACUGCACAUGGCAUAUAUUGAAGAGGGCGACCGACAACUCCCUGGCUUAAAACCUCAACUGGAUGGAAAAGACUUUAUUUGCCACCCUCUAACUCAGAGAGGUAGUGAUUGGUAAAUAUAUCUGUUAAUAGUUAUAAAAAAAGAGGAGAUACUGGACUGUUUGAAACGAUUCUUUAUUAAUGCAUAAUAUUACUGUUUUGUUGUGUUAUGAUGAUGAGCUUUUACAAUAGUGACUGUGUAGGGACUGUCCCUAUACUGACAGCCAUGAUAAAACUUGCUAUGCUAGCUUAACAGAAUAUCUUAGACACAUGAUAGAUAUACCAAUUAGAAGCUGAGAAACCACAGAUUACAAUUAUAUUACUUUAGAAUUCCUUGAACAAA